CGGGCCUCGGCCCGGUGUACCGUAAGACGGUCUCAUCAGACUCUACACAGGUCGUUACUAACCUGUUAGAUUCUGAAAGCCAGACUACUCCAAUAUCAAUAACAUCUUCAGACUAUCAUGGCGACUUGUCCACCAGUGCUAGUGAUGUAUAAUCCCGUCUGUGGAGAUGGCACUGCCGAGACCUUUUUCAAUGAGCAUGUCUUUCCUCGUCUCGAGGAAGCGCAUAUACAAGUUACCCAAAAGAUGGCAACAGGAGCCGCUGGACAUGCGGGUACCAUAGCGUUCGACUUUCUCGAACGAUAUGAGGGCAACGUGACAGUCAUAUUGGGCUCCGGCGAUGGAACAUUGCACGAAAUCAUCAACGCCCUCUCACUCGUGGCACAAAAGGGCGUACGCAAGAAUGUUGUAUCAUCCUCAGUUCGUGUAGUUCUUGUCCCAUGUGGGACGGCAAACGCUCUCUACUGCUCAUUGUUCAAGCCAAUCUCCGCGAAUGAGGGCCCGGCAUACAAGCUGAAGUCUCUGGAAGCAUUCAUCAUGGGUUCGGAUGUCGUUCCCCUCACACUGACUGUCACGACCCUAUCUGCUCCACCGAGCUCAAAGCAGAGUUGUUCCAAGGUCGCUGUUUCAGCGGUAGUGACCUCUACUGCUUUGCACGCCUCUAUCCUCCAUGACUCCGAGAGUCUGAGGAAAGAACUGCCAGGCAUUGAAAGAUUCAAAGUUGCUGCGAGGAACAACAUUACACAAUGGUACAGCAGCCAUGUCAAGCUGUUGCCUACGCCAUCUGUUCAGGCUGUGGAGAUAUACGAUCCAGACCAAAAGGCUUUCGUAAUUCACAAGGAUUCAGAUGCUCAUGGAAUUGUGGAUGUGCAUGGUCCAUUCGCAUACUUUCUUUCUACUGUCAAUGUCGAUCGUUUGGAACCUGCUUUUAGAAUCACCCCUCUUGCGUCCGACUUUGUUUCGUCUGAGGUCUCACUAGACCUUGUCAUGGUUCGACCUCACCGUGAUCCCACCUUUGUCAUGGAUACCAUAGAAGCUCGAAAUGCCUUUGCAGAGAAAUCAGUCGCUGUGCUGACUGCAGCAUACCAAGAUGGGAACCACAUCAACUUGAGAUACAGUGACGAUGGAAAGAUCACCAACGAAGGGACAGGUCCCACUGUGAUAGAAUAUAUCCGGUGCAAAGGAUGGGAAUGGAUACCUGAUGAGGUCGAUGAAAGGGCCCACCUUGUAUGCUCAGAUGGAGCCAUAUUCUCAAUUGUGAAAGGCGGAAAGGCAGCAUGCAGUGCAGCAGUACCAGCCGAUGGUGCAGAAUUUUCGGUAUACGUCUAAUGUGAAGCAAAGUUGUUACAAUUUCAGGAGUAUUUGGUUAUUAAGUGAAGGAACAACUUACUGUCCGAGUCACACCGGAGCGCGUCUCGCACGAUAGACAAGCUUCCUCAGGCCUCAGUUUUGUAUUGUACGGAAAUGAGGUUGACGAUCGUUGCGUACGAAUUCUCAUCUACACGUCCGCCGGUUUUAGUACUGCGCUCCAACAGGUGCAUCGCCCUCGACCCUAUUAAACUAGAUCUAGGCGGAGCGCACCGUGUGACUUGAACGUUCUGAACUCCAGUCUGAUGGAAGCCCUUGAUAUACGUAGUACAGGACCAUGCUCUUCGCGUAGAACACUGGGUCUGCUCCCGUCAGCCUUAAGCGCUUGAGCUUGCGGUUCAAGGCAGCAAAUGCGUCAACAAGCUUGCUACGUGCCUUUGCCCUUCCCCUUCCCUUCGGAUGCGGAACUUUGAAUGAGAAUGAAUUGCUAGCGGGAA